GCAUUAAAGCAGGAGCUGCUGCAGCUGCACACACAUCAAACUUCCUCCUCCCUCUCUUCCUACCUCCUCCUCUUCAUCACUGCAGCUCUCUCAGACAGCAGGUCCACUGGAUGGUAGAGCCUUUUCUUCUUCAUAGACACACAGACAGACGCGCGCACUGGAUCGCUGCUCGGGCUGCGGGACUGGAAGCUGGACGCAUUGUGCGCAUUUCCACAGACCUCGAUGAACCGUGUGGAGGCGAUGCGCUGAGGCGCACACGGCCCAGGCUCUCCGGUUGCGCGCUCAUCCAGCUAACGGAGAGGGGGUGGACUGCGGUAUAAAGGAGGCAGGGGAAGAAAAAAAUAAAAGGUUCCUGAUCCAUAAAGGUUGUGUCUGAGUCAAAAGGAGCGCGUCUCCCCCCCCUGAUCAGGGGGCGAUCAGCGGAGAGGUAAAAGUAUAUCCAAACGAUGGCCACGUUACUGCGGAAGAUCGGUCUGAUCCGCCUGCACGACCGAGACACGGAGGACCCGAAGCACCACCAGGGCUCGCUAAAGGGGACUAAAGGGAACCAGAAGAACAACGCCAAUAAACACUGUCAAACCGCCAACGAGACCAACCUGCUGAGCACCCCGGAGAUCAAGGCGAGGAAGCUGGACCAGCACGGCAAGGACAAGCCGGCUGGCAAAGACAAGCAGGGCAAGGAUGGGAAGGAGAAGCAGCAGACCGGGGGGAGCGGGAGCAAAGCCCCCAGCGCCUCCUCCCUGCCCCCGCCGGCGCCUCACCGGCAGCACUGCACCCAGGUGAGGACGCGGCGGCUGAUGAAGGAGCUGCAGGAGAUCCGGAGGUUAGGGGACCACUUCAUCACGGUGGAGCUGGUGGAGGACAACCUGUUCGACUGGAACGUCAAGCUGCACCAGGUGGACAAGGACUCGGCGCUGUGGCAGGACAUGAAGGAGACCAGCACCGAGUUCAUCCUGCUCAACGUCACCUUCCCCGACAAUUUCCCCUUCUCGCCGCCCUUCAUGCGGGUCCUCACGCCGCGGCUGGAGAACGGCUACGUGUUGGACGGAGGGGCCAUCUGCAUGGAGCUGUUGACCCCCAGAGGCUGGUCCAGUGCCUACACGGUGGAGGCGGUCAUGAGGCAGUUUGCUGCCAGCCUUGUAAAAGGACAGGGCCGUAUUUGCAGGAAAGCAGGAAAGUCCAAGAAAGCUUUCAGUCGUAAAGAAGCUGAGGCCACAUUCAAGUCCCUGGUGAAAACCCACGAGAAGUACGGCUGGGUGUCCCCGCCCAUUUCCGACGGCUAGGUGUCCAGCUGCCAUCGCUCCAACACCUGUCCUAGCCAGAGGGGGAAAGAAAAAAAAAAAACAACAAAACGAAACGAGCUACCCUCUACGUGCAAAACAACACACCACGCUAACUCAAAAGUAUCGCAUUUUCACUUUUGGCUGUUUCACUCAAGAUAUUUUUUUUUUCAUUGUUUUUGUCACCACACAACUACAGAAAUGACAUUUGUUGUUUUCGUUUUUGGUGGUGCGGGGAGUUCAUUUUUUUGUUUUUUGAUUUCUUCACCUUCUUGCCAAGGGAUUCUUUCUCGUGGUGUAGAAGAGCGAGAGGAGCGUGUUUGUGUAUGAAUGUUACCUCAUAAGAGAUCAGCUGGGAAUGUGUGUCACUACAACUGGAAUUAUUGUUGGUCUGUUCUUUCUUUUUUUUUUUUUUUUUUAGCAAACGCCAAUGUACGUACACUCAGACAAAUUGGAUAUGCGAACUUUUUUUCCACCCAUGUUAAAGACUACUGAAUGAAGAAGACUCAUCUUUCUCACCAGUCGCACUAAACCGGCUACAUUCAACCAUUUGUGCAGCUCUCGGGUCAUUUAAAUACAAAUGAAGCUGUUAAUGUUUAAUAGUAGGGCAGCACAGUGGCAUUUAUACUCACUCACUCGUUCUCUAUUUCGUUUUUUUUUUCCCUUAGCUUUUGACUGUGCCGUUGCUCACGGUUCAAUGCAACAUGAAGAUUGUAAUUUACACGGAGCUGUGCUCUUACUCUUUCUUCUUUGACUCGCUUUGUUUCUCUUUUUCCUUCUCUUGUGGCUAAACUUAGAGCUCAGUGUUGCUUAGAUGGAUAAAAAAAAAAAGUCACAAGUUGCUUUAUGGAGAAAUUCUGUAUGAUAAACAUAAUGACAGUCACCUUCUUCUGUUCUCUCUACACUCUCAUGUCAGCUUGUCUGUAUGAGGGGAACAAAGCUAUUAAUUCCCAUGAUUUAGAUACCAGAUGGACGCGCUGAAGGCCGGGCCUCAGUGUCUGCGUGUUUAUAACGAACCAACCCUUUAAACGAUGAAACAUGUGGCUAACUGUGAAUGACACCAUGACCUGAAGGGAGUGCUGUUUCUUUAGCUACCUGCUUAAAGAAAUGACAAUAUCUGCGUCAUUCCUUUAAACAGGAUUGCAUUUGUAACUGUAUGUCUCUUUAGCUGCAGACACACACAGGUUUGACUUCACAGAGAUGCCAACACCCCCAAAUGUGAGCUGGAGUGCUGCUUUAAAUGAAGGCUUUAGAGAACUCCUGAUUGAUGCAGCAUGGGGAAAAGGACGAUGUGACAGGGAAGAAGGAGGAUAGGGAGAAUAGGGAACGCCUUGAUCACUGCAGCCUCCUCUUGAGAAAAUGUCAGCUGGCUUUGCAAAACUGAUGAGCAGCGGGUUUUAUUUGCUGUACCUGUAGUUUGAGUAUUUGAGUUCCAACCUUUGAAAGGAGAUUCUAGAUGUCGAAAAUCAAGCGUACAGCCAACAUUAUCAGUCAUCGGCUCUCUGGGCGGAGUGUCUGUCUGUCCGGUCCAGUUUGUUUUGCUACAACCCAGGUAAAUGUCAGAGGAAACGCUGUUAAUUGGUCUGACAUUUCCGCAGAACGUCAUUAGAAAAGAGCAGGAGGAUGGAGGACGUGGAGGCCUCCCGCUCAGCUUUGACAUAUCGUCGCUAGCCUCUGCCAGCCGAGCGAGGCAGUUCUGUCCGUAAUCCCUUUUUUUUUUAAUCUUUUUAAUUUAGCUUAGUGGUGCGUCCAAUUUUAAAUUCCUGUGAAGAAACAAGCCUGUUAAAUUCCUUUUAAUGUAAAAAAAAAAAUGGCAACAGAGACAGAAAGGCAACAAACCAUCUGGUAUGUGAUCAUGUUUAAAAGCGUGCUAGUGCUUCUUUGAGUUUGGCUCAUUUCAGGUUCAAACAUCAGCGGAAAACUGUAAUCUGAAUAAUCGUUAUGACUGAAUAUCUUUAAAGCUGAGUGUUUGCUGGUUCCAAGACAAACCUUUUUUGUGACAUAGUUUAGACUUGGUAGUUUGCAGAAACUAACUGGGUGAACUGACUAUUUGUAAUAUAUCUGCAUGUGAUACGUGAUUGGUAGCUAGCGACUGUAUAUCGUUGUUUUUUUUUCAAGAAAAGCAAGAAAAACAGAGAAAACAAAAGUGCAAAUGCUUCUCUCUUCCUUUUUUUUAUUUAUAUUAAUACAGUUUGUUUGUUUUUUUAGUCCUGUACUGUUUGGACCUUCUCAUUCUUUCUAAAUGUCCUGAAAACAAAUGUCACAUUGUGUUAUAUGAAUGUUUGUGUUUUUAUUUAUUUGUGGUUUGCCAAAACGAUGAUUUGAAGCAUGUUGCAGGGACUGUCACCAGAAAAUGAGAAGAAACAAAAAAAAAAGUAAACAAAAAAAAAGAUAGCUUCUGUAUUUAUGUGAUGGGAGAAGGUGUGUUUUGAUUGGGGAAGUGGUUACAGGGCGCAAAGACUUUAAAUUAUAAAAAAUAUGGCUUUGUUGGAGUGCAACACAUCCUCUCACUCCUGGGAAUACUUUCUUGUCCUGUUAGUAAUUUAACUGCUGUCCCUUCCCCAAUGGUCCUAAUCUAUACACUAAUUUGGCUCGAGGGUAAUGCAGUCAACACAGCCUGGACAUUAUGCGCUCUGUGUAACAGAUCGUGGAUCAGUUUGGACUCCCUCUGCUUCAAAUCUAACUUCUCAAGGGAAUCCGACCUGGGAUUAGUUACUUUGAGCAACUUUGUCCGAUUCCCGGCCAGAGUGUUUGGGAGACCGAAGUCUUAAAGGGUUCAAAAGGUGAAAGGUCGUUGCAAGACGAAUGUGCAAUAAAAAUGACAUCUUACUGAAAA